AUGGGUCCAUCUCUCUUCAACAACUACUUCAACGGACCAACCGUCGCCUUGCCUCCUCCAUCUCAACUUCACCAGACCAAUCAGCUUACACCUACCGACUCGAUGAACCAUUCGUUUGCCCAUUCCGGCGGUUCCCGCGUUCCCCAUCAUGCUUCUGCUCAUGCAGACGGUAUACAGUCUGGGCCACCCAAGUCUUUCAUAGGCCGUCAGACGCCUUUGAAUGCUACUCAAUGUACUGCUGCACCGUCACGCAAACGAUCGAGAGACGAAUUCAACCUAAGCAAUAAUGACAACCACAAUAACUUUGCUGUUCAAAAGGCACUCACUCCACCAACCGUACCAGAAGAGGAGCCAAUCUACGGCGAAGGAAUGGUCCUCAUCAACCCAAAAACUGGACUAGCCGUCUCAGCCUCCAGCCAGACAGGGACCUGGUAUGAAGAGAAGGCAGAGGAGAAAGCAGUUAGUAAUCAGAUCUCCGUUCCUAUCACCACAGACGUCAACCAUGACCAUAUCAACCCUCUACCCAGCCGGAAGACACAACGGCUCGACGCUACCGCCUCUGCUUACGAUGACAUAACCGCCUUGUCAAUCGCCAACAAACUCCAAUCGAACACGGAUGACGUUUGCGGAUCCGGAUCUUCUCCCAAGGGGCCCGAAAUGCCACAUGUUGAUGAUGCUACUCGACUACUAGGUAUCAGCUGGCAACGCAUGGCUAACGAUGACAAAGAUAUGGUUGCUGCCAUUCGUGGUUGGGAGAAAUACAUCAACAACCACUUCUCUACUCACCUACACGAUGCCCAAAUUAUGCUUAAGCAUCGCGGCCUGAAUGUCUACCUUGUUUCAGCCCUUCCAAAAGGCCAGCAUCAGAACGACAAUGCCGCACAGCGACACUUCUACCUUUUCGACGAUAACCUUACUGAAGGCCAGCUGGUCGGCAGGGACUGGCAAUCUUCAAUUCGUAACCUCCAGUCUUCACCAAUUGCCUUCGAAGCUGGCUCAGCAGUACUAAAGGCAGCUGAAAAGACGCCUGAACGGCAAGUGGAAGACAAGGGAAUCCCGAUUGCUACCGGUGGCAUGAACGGAUGUAUGAUGGGAACGACAGGAACCUCAACCGGAACGGACAUCCAGAUGGAAAUCGACUAG